CUAUAUGGAGUGACGGUUCGUGAUAUCAGACGAUAUUCGGUAUCAAAUCUUCAUGCUACAAUGAUCACUACAGUCACUUAUGGAAUGAACAGAAAUAAACGUUAGUUAAACAAGACAUCGACAAUGAAUGCAGUAGCGGAACACUGUGGUGACUUAAAACAUGGAUAUAGUAAAGGAGGAAGGAAGUGCAGCUAUAUCAAAGGAACAAACGCAUAGCCUCCGACUGGUACUAUUUAUUAAUGAACAGGGAUCAUUUGCUUUGAAAGAGCGUCUGGUAUACGAAGUUUUCAAUCAUUCAAUUCAGAACAAAAAGAUUGAACUCCAGAGCAUAUUAUCACAGCCACAGUUUGAUGAAUUGUUUUCGAAUCAAUCCUGCCCACAUUUCGGUACGAUAUCUUUAGAUGUCCAACGCAUCAUCAGUGCUACUGUGUUUGGUCUUCCUAGCGUACCGAGCAAACACGAUGUUCUACUUAAAACCCAUUUGGAGGGUGAAGGCCUUAAUAUGUUUCUCAGUGGCUUCUCAGUCCAAAUCCGGACGAAGAAAGUACUGAGCAAAAAGCAGCUUGGCUGUCUUUAUCCAUUGGUGCAUUUUAACAAAUUAGAUAUAACGCUACUGAGUUUUUUGUUAUUUGAAAUCUUCGGUAUCAAACCAACAUCUUCAUCUUUUACCCAAUUGCCACAACAACAUCACAUACAGAUAGGGGACGACAUUUUACGACUUCGGUUGUAUCGGAACGCAGUAUCACAUGGAGGUGUUACUGGAAUUAAUCAAGAAGAGUUCGAUUCUCUAUGGAAAGAUAUUUCCGGAGCCCUCAUUCGUAUACUAGGCGUCGAGUAUAAGUCCCGUGUAGACGAAAUGAAGUCAAAGUGUAUCGAUGGUCCUAUGUUAUCAACCUAUCGGAAGCUGAUUGAUCAGUGGCACCAGGAAGACCUAGAAACUCAGAGAUCUCUAGACGAAAUCCGGCAAGCAGUUAUAGAUUUUAGAAAAUGUGUCGGUCACAGAGACUACCAGCACCGAAUUUGGUGGAAAUCUCAAUUAAUGGAAGUUACAAAGAAAAUCAAAGAAACCCUACUUCAAAGCUCUAAAACGCUUUCAGAGACAGACACAAACAGAGAAGCGUCGGGGCACUUACAGAACGCCUUACUGUUUGCAAACCGUGCAGACAUGCUGCGGGCUUGCCACCUCUUGGAUAUGAAUGGCAUCCCUUUCAAAACACACACAGGUUCAUCGUUGGCACGAAGUGCAAGUUCUGUUGGGUCUGGGAGCAGCCACAGGGAAAGGCCUGUUGACACACAGACGAAAGAGACACGCAAGAAGGAAUGUAGCUCAAAAGAAUAUUCUACGACGCGAACGUCUAAAUCUUCAAAAGGGAGACGCCGAUGGACCGGUCCAGUUCUUUACAAGAGCGAUGUAAUGCAGACUACAGAAGAUUCCGGUACACCAACAGAUGUUGAACUUUUAUGUAAAGUAAUGCAACAUACACCAACAUCAUCGUUAGAUGAACUGUCAUUCCUGACGAAGAAUUUUGAGAUACACACACCGACCUCGUCGUUGGAUGCUGCUGAUCUUGAUGCUAUGGAGGUAUGCUCUGUGUUCUCCACUGUUGUAGACUUACCUGAGUCGUUACGAGAUAUUACACGAUGUAGAAAUGGCCAGCCAUCUAGACAGCACUACCGACGGUCGAAUACUCAUGACGUUAGCAACGCCUCAGCUCCUCGUACAGAAAGCAUUAACAGAGAAAGUAACAUAUACAAGCGAGAGCAAAGGUUGGAAAGAAGAAAACUGCGAAAGAUGGAGAAGGGAGAUAUUGAUGAAAUAACAGAAGGUGAUGCUCAUCAAAGAGAUCUGAAGGAUUAUCGCAUUUCCCGACCUGACACUCCUGUUCCUUUUUACUACGUUCGUGAAAAUAAAGUUAGCAAAGGACACACGCACCCUCCUGUAACUACACCACAUUUCCUAGAGUCAGAGGAGUCACAAGACUUCCGUGACCGACAACAGAAUAAACGUUGGACUACCCAUCCGACACGCCAUUCAAUGAGGACAAAUGGUACUAACAAGAACAGACGCAGGAGCGCUAGUGACGUCCACCCGGCAUCCUUUACCUCCAUCCAGAAACGGAUCCUAGACAGAUACGGAGGUCUGGAUUUUUCUGAAUUUACAGACAAACCCUCAAAGCAGCUGGGAUAUCCACGUAUUAAUGAAACAGGCGAUGACUGUGAAGACAUCUUGCAAGAUCCAACACGUCAAAGUCGGGAAUCAUUCAAACCAAGAGAGAUACAGAAAAACCACACAAAAGCGGACAUGAUGUCUUGUACUAAAGGUGUGAUGUCAGCCCUUAAGGGAUGCGUGUCUAAGCCAUCGAGAUUAUAGAGACUCCUUGUUACGUUGCUACUUUACAAAGACAUGCUCAACUAUGUGAAUGUAUUCAGCAUUAUCUUCAUUGCAUUUACUUUGGACUGCACAUGACGUGAUUGACCAGUACUUGUUGUAAAAUAUAGUCAACAGCUAAUCAAUGAAAGGAGAUUUGUAAGGAGUGUAAAUAUGUCAAAUGUACAUGUCCUUAACAUGUAAUUAAUGUUUGUAAGGUUAGUUUAUACAAAUGUCAAAAUCUUUCUUUGCUUUGUCCUUUAGCAAGUUUAUUAACA